AUGUCUCAACGUCGAAAAGGAUGUCAUCCAGGAGGGAAAAGACAGAAACAACCAAAACCAUGUCUUUUCAUCGUACUCCCUCCUGAAAUGUUUAUCAAUGUUUGUCAAUACCUACCUCCGAAAGACUUAUUAUCACUAGCUAGGGUUUGUAAAAGGUUUAAUGGUUAUUUAAGUGCAGAGACUUCUACAACAACUCAGGAAAUUUGGCGUGCAUCGAGAACUGCUUAUUUACCUCAUUUACAAAUGUCUCCACCUGAAGGGAUGACUGAAAGACAAUAUGUUAAAUUGGUUUUAGAACGUGGUUGUCAAUUUUGUGAUAGAUCAAAAAUUCGUAAAGUUUAUUGGGAGUUUUUUGUACGUUCUUGUGAGGAUUGCCUGAGAGAAAGGAUAUCAAGGAAAGAAGAUCUUCUUCCUGAAUACAUGGAUGAUGGUCGUCUUUCUGAUGAUGUUAUUGCCGGUUUAACUUACAUACCAUCUUGGGUUAGACGUUCUUAUACUUAUAUGAGGAAUUCAAGAAUGUGUCCGUCAAGUCUUUAUUGGACUGAUCAUGUUCUUAAAACGGUUCAGGAAUAUCAAAGUCUUCCCAUCUAUCCACAACAUAUUAGAAAUGAUUGGAUAAAACAAAAAAAAGAAGAAGGUUUGGCAAAGAUGAAAGAAGUCAAUCAACGUAGAUUGGAUUAUGAUCGGGGUAUAAGAGAAUUGGUUCAUCAAAAUUCAUUAAAAAAGAAUGAACGAACUCGUUUAAUUAAAUCAAAAAUACAAGCCAUGAAGUCUGAAAAAAAUGCCAACAAUUGUUUAAAGUAUGAUAAUUUCAUACUUGAACAAUGUCCAACUUAUAACAAUCAUAUGUUUAUGCAAAUACGUCAAUCUCCACAACCUUUUACUGAAAGAUCUUGGGUACUUUUGAAAAAGAAAUUAUUAAAAGAAUAUGAGGAACGGCGUAUUUCAAAAAGGCAAGAACGUCAAAAUAAAGAAAAGGCGUGGGGUAGGGAUGUGGUUUUCCAAAUGAGACAAUAUGAUAUUUAUCAACUUGCAAAAAAUUGGUUGCCGGACUCCAGUUUGGAAAAUACCGUUGAUAUUGUUCCUGCAGUAGAUUCCGCAGUAAAUUCUACUAGUUCGAAUAUGGAUAUAGAUGUUCAAGUUUCAUCCACAGUUACUUCUGACAAUUCGGCCACUCUUAUAUCAAACAUUCUUAAUUCCGAUUUAUCAGAUUUAUCACAAUAUACUUUGGAUUCUACAAAUAAAUCAGAAACGGAAACGAUAACAGAUGUUAAUACCAUGAACAUUUCGAACACUGGUACUGAUAUUUUAUCCAUGAGUAUUAUGAACCUCAUUAAUACUGAUUUAGAUAGUUCUAACGAUGUUAACAUUAAUAACAUUAAUGAUGUUAACACUAAUGACGUUAACACUAAUGACACUAAUGACGUUAACACUAAUGACACUAAUGACGUUGACAAUAAUGACGUUAGCACUAAUGACGUUAGCACUAACGUAGUUAACACUAACAUUAACGUCGUUGAUCUUACCGUCGAAACUGAGACAAAUGUAGAGAAAGAAGUUAUUGAUCUUACUGAUGAAUCAGAAACUAAUAUUACUGUAGCAGAAAAAUCUGAAACAUCACAAGAUUUUAUGUCAACAGAAGACGAUAUUAUUGACAUAACAAAUGAGAAAAAUAUUAUUGAUCUUACCAAUGAAUCCGAAACAUCUUCAUAUGGUGAUGUUAAACCUAUAUAUUUUGGAGUAAAUUCUGACAUUAAUUCCAUUAAUUCCACUAAUUCCGCCAAUUCUGCAAAUUCCGCCAAUUCCACUAAUUCAAUAUCACCAUAUAAUCCUUCAUUAAUAACUUUACCACCGAUUUCAUUACUUUCUGCAUCACCAAUUCAACCUUUAGAUCUUAGUUAUAUUACACUUCCAAAUUUAUAUAGUCAACCGAUAAAUGAUUAUGGAUUGCCAUUUAGUUUUCCUUCAAAUGACACUACUUUCCAAUUUGAUUGGAAUGAAUGGAUUAUGGAAGAUCAAUUUUCUUCAUAUAUGGAUAAUUCAUAUGAUAAUAUGCAAAGUCUUUUAAUAGAUAAAUAUCUUCCAUGGUGUCCAUCUUUUCGAAAUCCACCAUUUCACGAUGAUAAUCCUUACAAUCUAUGGGAUGAUGACUUUUUAAUGAAUACCCUUAUGCCAAAAAUCUGGAAUGAAGCAAAGGAAUUACAUAAAAAAUCUAAUGAUGUUAAUCUAACAACUGUACAAGGUGCUGUUUUGAGUGGAUAUAGAGAACACAAUAUAUUUAAAUGUAAGUUUUGUAAGUUAAUGGGUGAAAACUAUGGUGAAUAUUCUUAUUUAGAUGUUAGAACCCAUUUACAUUUGGGACAUGGGGUUUAUCAUAUAGAUGACGAAGAGAUGAUUGAAGUAUGUUUAAAUUAUACUAAGGGCAGCUGUCUCGAUAUAUACAAUGAUCCUAAAAGUUAUUUGUUUUCUAUUGGAUAUAACUUCAAACGAUUAAAUGAUUUGGUUAAAUUCUGA